AGCCUGGGCUACCAAACCAAGUACACGGCUCGUUCCAAGUGCCUGACGGAGACGCCCACCCGCUACCUGCGCUGGCUCAACCAGCAGACCCGCUGGAGCAAGUCCUACUUCCGCGAGUGGCUCUACAACGCUCUCUGGUUCCACAAGCAUCACCUCUGGAUGACCUACGAGUCGGUGGUGACCGGCUUCUUCCCCUUCUUCCUCAUCGCCACCGUCAUCCAGCUCUUCUACCGCGGUCGCAUCUGGAACAUCCUCCUCUUCCUC